CGUUUUAAUAUUCUCACAGAAUUUUAGGGAAGUAACCAGGUAUGUAAGUCUUCUAUUGAUGCACGGGGCAAAGAGGGCGUCAAGAUUACUUUCAGUCGAUCAUCUAUAAGAUAUGCAUUCCUCACCUCCGCCCUCAUUUUUAUUCCUUCCUCUCGGUCAUCGGAUCCACGCGUGUGCGGGCAUACAACAAUUUAGCCAUCGACCUUAGACUAGACUUUAUUACCACAACCCCUUUCAUUCCAACUCACUCUUUAACACUGUCGUAGAAGUUUUACUAUUACUCUAGAUGGACAACGGUCUCAUGAAAAGUAGUCCAGCUUCGGGCGUUCCGAACAAGUUAUCCAUCUCGUUCGACUUCGGUAGCACCAACACCUCUGCAGACACCAGUGGCAAACAAUGGUCCCCUGACGUCCCACCAAAUUCAGCAUUGACAUUUGCAGCGGUAUGGGACCCAGAUGAUGGGAUGGUGACAUAUUCCGGAACACACCUACUCGAUUCAAGCGACGGAUACGAGAGUUCAUCAGGAGCUAUUACUCCUCCUGACGUUUCGGACGAUGAUUUUUCUCAAGCUGUCUCAGUUGAUCACGACGGAUAUACUACAUCGGAAGAGAAUACCGCAGCGACUACUGGAACGUUCCAAGAUUCAUUCAAAGCCUUCCUCCAUCGUGUUCCGCGGAGUUCGAAGUUUUGCAAACAACAUAAGCGCUCCAAUACGGUGGCAUCCUCGACGCUGGACGGACUAGACGUAUACUCGCGAGGUCCUAUUGUACGGCCAUCACGCCGGUACCCAUCUUUUGAUAAGCUCAAUGCAGACAAGGCGCAGGCUGACGUCUCAUUGGAGUCAGAUCUUGUGUCAGAUGAAGGUUUCUUUGAAAACAUACCAGUCAUUGCAAAACACGCAGAAUUGAAGUCACACUGGUCCGUUACGACUACGUCGACGUCUGCCUAUGUCGAUGUCCCACGCGUGGAAGAAAAGGUUUCUGAGAGUCGUAUACCUCACCCGCUAUGGAUAGCAGACACGUACCAGCCGACUUUUAACCUCGCCACUCCCCCAAAUAGUCCGCGACGACGCUUGAAAAAACGUCGCCCUAGUGAUUGUCAAACUCCAGUUUCUCCAAUUUCAUAUAGCAGCAGUUCAGGUUCGACAAGCCCAAUUUCUGCUAGCCUUUUCUCCACCCCGACAUCGCCUUCGCGUAGCCUCAAGUCCAAAAAAUCUCGUCGUUUUACAAGAGAGCCGGCUGACGACAGCUGGGUCUCUAUUGAAAUAACUCCGUUCAUUACCCAACAGGUCGUCGAGGAGACGUGAUGUCUUCGGUGCCCUUCUUGGCGCUUCUGUGGCCUGGUUUCGAUGUGUUGUACACACCAUUUUGCGCUUCCCCCUCCUUUUAAAGUAUUGCCCUUCCUUUUGUUAAGUAUCAAUAUGCGCUGCAAGCAGUUGCUAGUCUACACUCACUUUUACUUUAAUUAAAUUUGUUGACACAUAUUUUACGCCUUACAGGCGCUUUUCAUUCAUACUAGUGCCAGUGAGACGGCGUCUCGCAUAGGUGUUGACUCACCGCGUUUAGAUAUGUAUGAUUUAUACAAAAAGGCCUCACCACCGAUGGUAUAUAU